AAUAUAUAUGUAUGUGCUGUUAAAAAAAAUAAAAACAGUGACAGCUAGGCAACAGCUGCUGACACCUUCUUUGCAGCUCCUGCUACAUCCUCCCCUGGUGCAGGCAGAACAUCAUUUCAGCCCUUGACGAAGGGCAGGAGUGGGGAACAAAAAGAGAAGUUGCUUAUCCUUCUGCCACACCACCCAAGCUCGCUCUGCACGUGACGUGCCUGAGUAUGAACUGAUUGCAGCGCAAUGCAGUGGCUUGGAGAACUAUGCUUUGCUCUACAAGAUGGUGCAGACUUUCUUUUCUUUCUGUAAUAAAUAAAAUCCACUGCUUUUCCUUGGCAGUGAGAGAGCCAACUCUUGUAGACAUUAACAGGCAAGAGGCUGUGAGUGGCCCACCUCCCUUAUCCACUGCACCAAGGAGAGGACAGCCGCUCCAAAGCUUCAUUGCAUGUGUGAUCAUACUGAGAGCAAGGUCACUGUUGGAACCCAAUUUCAAUACUCUCAAAUACCCAGCUCUGGCAUCUUCUUCCUGUCCUUGUUUACAUCACUCUGCCUGUCCCCUCUUCCCACCUGACUGCCUAUCACAGUUUGAACUGGUCCUUACCAAGCAACAUGUCACAGCUGGGAAGUGAGCAUGUCAAAAAAGAGGCAGCCAGGCCCCUUCCAGAGGGCACAGGACAAACACCGUCACACGAGCUGCCUUGGUGGAAAUCCUCAUCCCUCUGAUGGGCUAGCCAGAAUUGCUUAGAAAGCCUUUCCUUUCAAUGUCAUGUGAAAUCCAUUCAUGCAUCUACUUCAGGGAUUGCAAAUAAAGCAGGUGAAAGAAAACCACAAUGUGGAAUAAGAAACACAAGGAGACAGAUGCAGAAAACCACAUUCUGUCAUUCCUGAAAUAGCCCGCUAAUGUUUGACCUUAUUCAUAAAUUGGAAUUCUAGUCAAAGCUGUAGUGUUAAUGCAUCACCACAUCCCUUUGCAAUCUCAAUAUUUACAGAACUAUCUCGAAUGCAGGUUCCCGCAUAACUGAAAUGCGAGAUAGUGUAACUCACUGGUAGUGUGUAUUGGAAGGGAUGGGACCUUGUUCCAUGAAUUUCCUUGUUCCUUGUGCAUUUCCUGUGCAGUGCAUGGGAAAAGGAGCACUUGACUAGGGUUUUUGGAUUGUUUUUGACCUAUGAAGGAUAAAUUUAUAUCUGCCUUUGGGCUUGAGUUUCAAACUUAGUUCAGUGAAGAACCCAUAAGGCCCUUUGCCCACAAACUGAGUGUGAAUUCUGCUCUUUGUUGGGAGCCGAGGUCCCUGAUAAAUUCUCCCUUUCCCACUGACUUCACAGGAGAUUUGCAGCAGUGAGCCCAGUACCAGCUCCACCGCUCCCUCCCAACCCUCCCAUCCCAACCCUGUCAUCAGGUCCCUUGGGGGUCAGGGCUCAGAAGGUGCUGAACAUCAUGGAAAUGAGACAACAUGACCUGUAAUCUCAGAGGCAAGGUUAAUGGACACCCCUCCAUGUCCCUGGGAACCCAGUGUCCUAUGGAAAUCUCUUGGGGAUGUUCCGUUCUGCAUUGUCACUCUGAAUGCCACUGGUGACAACUUUUCAUUUUGAAGAUUGUAAAGAAAGGAGGGAAUUUAGAGUCAAAGAGCCAUGGAUUGGAGAUCUGGCUCCAUCACAGCUUAACUGUGUGCUCUUAGGGAGGUUCCAGCAUCUCUCCAAGCUGAAAUUUCUUUAGGCAAAGGACUCUGCAAACAAGUGAAAUAUAGAUCGUCCAUUCCAGUGUCUGAGCUGGAGUUGGCACUCUAAAUCAUUCAUCCUAUCUCUCUCCUCCUUCUUGGGAGGAGCAUCCAGGCGGGAGCCCCGAAGGGAGUUACCAAUGAACUUGAACUGUUUGUCUUGCACAGUGGUUUUCAUCUUUACUGCCUUGCCUACCAAAUGAUCAUGAGGAGCAAUGUGAGGGAACCUUGUUAGUGAACCUCAGUGUGCCCCUUAAUCCCCACACCAUCAGCAAUACAGGUUCUCAGACCCUGAAUCAGACAUUCUGGGGGUGGGGCCACGCAUCCUUGCAGUUGGUCCAAGUGCACAGACAAUAUGGGAAGCACACUGGAUUCCUCCGGUAAAGCCAGUGGUCAUUCUUCACCCUCCUCAUCUCUGAAAUGAGAGAUGGAAUGGAACCAAACACCACCCGAGGUCUUUCCCAGUUCUGGCAUCCUGAGUUUCUCUCUUCAAGCCAGCUGGGAGAAUAUUUUCCUGGUAUGACUAACUACAACUCUAAAAAGUACACAUGGGUUGGGGGAAGCAGGAUUCAUUAACUUAAAAAAAUGAAUGCUUUAUUAUUGUAGAAAAUGAGUAUGACUGAAGAGGAGACGUUAUGGCUACCCAGAAUGUCACUAUCCAGAGAUGAUCUUUCAUGCUGUGCUCAUCCUUUUCCCAUGUACAUGUGUAUGUGUGCGUUGCUCUGUGUGUAUGUAUAUCAAUAAUUCACGUGGCCACUCAGCACCCACCUACCAAAUUCUGCUGUCUGCUUGGCAUAGUUGUACAUUCUAUGAGUACACUGGGGGUUAGAGCAAGGCUCUGACCGCCCUUCUCCCCACACCUCUUCUUCAUCCUGGGGAGGGAAAAGUCGUUGCUGAGGAUGUUAACUGUCCUGAACCAAAUCAGAGCAUUGGGGUGAAGUUUGACUGCGCAGUAGCCGUCUGAGAUUUGAUGUCACCUUUCUGAAAGGGUGAUUUUUGAGCUGAGACCUGAGAAGUCGCCAGCUGUGUGAGACUGUCGGGAAAGGUCUGUGCAGACGCCCUGUGGUAGGGCUGAGUAGUGGGCAUUCAAACAAGAGCAGAAUGGCCCUCAGUGUGGCUGAAGAGUAGACCUGCGAGAGGGAGUUAGGGGAGAUGAGACCAGAGACCAGGGACCAGGCACGGGGCUUCCAUCUUAGUGGAAAAGCACAAAGACACAAAGAGAUUGUACAGUAUGCAAUUUUUUUCUCACAUGAGAUAGGAUACUACUGUGAGGCUGGGAGUGACUUUUACAAAGGGAUCACUCUGACUGCCACAUGGAGGAUGGGUUGUAGGGGGCAAGAAGGGAAGCCAGACAAGUAACCAGGUUCCCAUCUGGAGCUCUCUGUUUCGCUUACCCAUAUCCUGACCACCUCUCCAGGCUGCUGCCACUCUGACACAUUAUUAUUUCCAAGGUUUGCAUAGAAACAUAACGUAGCUCUAUAUUUUUUGUCCAUCCCCUGUGAUUACCCUACUUAUUUCCGUUUUUUUGUGAUCAUGCAUUGCACUGAAAUGAGCCUUGACAAAUCUUCCUUAGGGGAAUUCCUAUCCUUUGACAAGAGUGAUGUACACCUGCAGAUGUUUCUGAGUUUAGAUAAUGGGCUGUGUGCAAUGUAAGGACAAAGAAGCAACAAAACUGACGGAGGAGAGGGACGGCAGCCUGAACCAGAGCUCCGGCUACCGCUAUGGCACAGACCCCACCCCUCAGCACUACCCCAGCUUCGGCGUGACCUCCAUCCCCAACUACAACAACUUCCACGCAGCCGGCGGCCAGGGGCUCACCGUCUUCGGGGGUGUGAACUCUUCGUCUCAUACUGGGACCUUGCGUACCAGAGGUGGGACAGGAGUUACGCUGUUUGUGGCCCUCUAUGACUAUGAAGCACGGACGGAAGAUGACCUGAGCUUUCACAAAGGAGAAAAAUUCCAAAUCCUGAACAGCUCGGAAGGAGACUGGUGGGAAGCCCGCUCGCUGACGACCGGAGAGACGGGUUACAUUCCCAGCAAUUAUGUGGCUCCAGUUGAUUCAAUCCAGGCAGAAGAGUGGUACUUUGGAAAACUGGGCCGGAAAGAUGCAGAGCGGCAGCUGUUGUCCUUUGGCAACCCAAGAGGUACCUUUCUCAUCCGUGAGAGUGAAACCACCAAAGGUGCCUAUUCACUUUCUAUCCGUGAUUGGGAUGAUAUGAAAGGAGACCAUGUUAAACAUUAUAAAAUUCGCAAACUUGACAAUGGCGGAUACUACAUCACCACGCGGGCCCAGUUUGAAACCCUUCAGCAGCUGGUACAGCAUUACUCAGAGAGAGCCGCAGGCCUAUGCUGCCGCCUAGUAGUGCCCUGUCACAAAGGAAUGCCAAGGCUUACCGAUCUGUCUGUCAAAACCAAAGAUGUCUGGGAGAUCCCCCGAGAAUCCCUGCAGUUGAUCAAGAGACUGGGAAAUGGGCAGUUUGGGGAAGUAUGGAUGGGUACCUGGAAUGGAAACACGAAAGUAGCCAUAAAGACUCUUAAACCAGGCACAAUGUCCCCGGAGUCGUUCCUGGAGGAAGCGCAAAUCAUGAAGAAGCUGAAGCAUGACAAGCUGGUGCAGCUGUAUGCUGUGGUGUCUGAGGAGCCCAUCUACAUUGUCACCGAGUACAUGAACAAAGGAAGCUUACUUGAUUUCUUGAAAGACGGCGAAGGAAGAGCUCUGAAACUGCCCAACCUGGUGGACAUGGCCGCACAGGUGGCUGCAGGAAUGGCUUACAUCGAGCGCAUGAACUACAUCCACAGAGAUCUGCGGUCAGCAAACAUUCUGGUGGGAAACGGACUCAUAUGCAAGAUUGCCGACUUUGGACUAGCCCGGUUAAUUGAAGACAACGAGUACACGGCAAGACAAGGUGCCAAGUUCCCCAUCAAGUGGACGGCCCCCGAAGCAGCCCUGUAUGGAAGGUUCACAAUCAAGUCUGAUGUCUGGUCCUUCGGAAUCUUACUCACAGAGCUGGUCACCAAAGGGAGAGUGCCAUACCCAGGCAUGAACAACCGGGAGGUGCUGGAACAGGUGGAGCGUGGCUACCGGAUGCCCUGCCCGCAGGACUGCCCCAUCUCUCUGCAUGAGCUCAUGAUCCACUGUUGGAAAAAGGACCCCGAGGAGCGUCCCACCUUUGAGUAUUUGCAGAGCUUCCUGGAAGACUACUUCACCGCCACAGAGCCCCAGUAUCAGCCUGGUGAGAACCUCUAAGGCCACCGCCAUGGACAGCGACUGACCGGCCACAGUGUCCCCAGAGAAAAGACCUUUGUCCCAGAGGCUAGUCCCUCCUUCCCCACUAGCUUUCAGUUCCGUAGCCAGCUGCCCCGAGCGUGAGCCAAGAGGCGAGAACCGGCCAGCAUCAGAUUGCAUGUGACUCCGAGGCUGACGAACGUCCAUGGCCCUCAUUAAUGACACUUAUCCCCAAAUCCGAACCUCCUCCGUGAAGCAUAUGAGACAGAACCUUGUUAUUUCCCACACUUGGGAAAAUGCAUUGUAUCGAUGUUAUGUAAAAGGCCAAACCUCUGUUCAGUGUAAAUAGUUACUCCAGUGCCAACAAUCCUAGUGCUUUCCUUUUUUUAAAAUGCAGAUCCUAUGUGAUUUUAACUCUGUCUUCACCACCUGAUUCAACUAAAAAAAAAAAGGUAUUAUUUUGCAAAAGUGGCCUCUUUGUCUAAAACAAUAAAAUUUUUUUUCAUGUUUUAACAAAAAACAAUCAGGACAGGUGUUUGGUUUUUUUUAUAUAAAUGCUUAUACGUGUAUAUAUAUAAAAUGUAUGUCUCUGUAUAUAUACCAUGUGGGUGCUAAUGUAUGACCACGGCCAACAUGGGCCACGCAGCUUAGGACCCACAGUGAGGGUUUGACUGCAAAAUCAGCAUCAAAAAGGACUGGUAUCGUUCUGAGAACCGGUGGUCUCAUUUUUGGCUUUUCAAAGCAUGACGGUUUUUUCCAUCUGGAUUGUACUUUUUUUCCUUCCCAACUGCACCUGUCGAUGGACGUUCCUUUGACUCUUUACAAGACACACUCCAGGGCUGAAUCUGUAAGCUCUGCUACCAGGAUUUGCUUCAACUCACUGCAACUAUUUUUCUUUUCUGGAAACUUAAAAGUGAGCCAACUUAAGCCAACAAACAGCCAAUACUACAAAGGGAACUGGAAGACGGAAACCACACAGACUUCUUACAGUUAAAAGAAAAAUGAAUGCAGAAAUGUUUUUUGAAUUUUUUUUAAUUUAAUAAACCUUAUAGCCACAUGUAAAUGGUCUAAAACCCAUAGCGUUGUAGUCAAGACAACCUGCUAAACUUUCUCAUGCAACUAAAACUGAAGGGGAAGGGGGAGGGUGGGCGAGGGUUGUAUGUUUCCGAUUGUAAAAUGCGCGUGACAAAGCUCCUGUCCCGGCUGACAGCGACUUUCUCCGCCUCCAAGGUUCUCCCAUGGAAUGACUAUGCACUGCUUUACAUCUCCUGGGGGUGCACAAGGACAAGUGUUACAUUUUCAGUCGUUGUUUGUACCAACCUUGAAUUACGUAUGUUGCACAACAACGGAUCAAAACUCCUAUUUCUAUUGAGUUUUUAAUACUGAAUAGCAACUCCAGAGGCCUAAUUCCUUUUUUGUUACGAUUUAUUUGUGAGUUCACAUUUUUAAAUUGUUUAACUUUCUUAAUUUAGUAAUUAAAGAAAGAGCAUUUUACAUUUGAACAAUUUUUGGAUUCAUUUGUUUAGAUCACAGAAGGUACUCUGGGAGUCCUGGGAGUCACCUGCCCCACUCCAGAUGCUAAGGGGUCACCUGGUGGCUCUCCACGGUGUAAUUGCCAAAUGACAGAAGCAGCGCAAACAUCUGGAGAGUCCACACUGCCCCUUUCUCGCCCACCAUCUCAGGGCUAGGCAGCUGUCUAGCUAAUUCAGAGGUUUGUUAAAGCAAGACGGGGCAUACACUAACAUUUUCAUUCAUCAGAUUUUCUCUAACUGGAAUUUGCUGUGUCUCACUGGCAGGAGAUGUGUAUUUCUCUCUGGCCCUCCACUUCAUCAGGGUGGGUGAGAGGGAAGCGGGGACCAUGCUCAUGGUCUCAGCCUGCUCUGCCUCGCUUGCUAUUGCACAGUGAGCUUUCCUGGCCCCUCUGUGGAGAUGAGAGAUGGGCAAGAAUCAUCCCGUAGCUCUAAGAGCCCGUGAUUCUAAGACCGCUCAUCUUUAUGGCAUAUCCCGCAGCAGGAUGGCUUCAUGUGGGGAUGACCUUCACAUUUAGCACUUCCAACAUUUAGGUUUUUUGUUUUUGUUUUUUAUUUUUUUGUAAGGAGGUGAAGGAAAUAUUUCUUGGUAACCAAAGCUUUAUGGUUCUGUUUCAGGUGCUCAAUUGAUAUAUAAAACUUUAAAGAUGAUAUGACAUAUCAUUACUAGCAACCUUGUGAAAUUUGAUGGACAUGUUCUAGAUGUUUUUAAAGAUAGCCCUGUUUUUAAUCUUCACUUUCUAUUAAAUUGGGUAAUUUGCACAUACCCUCUUAAGGA